CCGCGCCCUGGAGACUCAGGUAGCCGCAGGCUGCGCUCCAUCGCUUCCUUGUUCGGGCGCGUAGCGGGCGGCGCUUUGGGUGUGGAUCUAUAAAUCUAGCGGAUCGCAGCAGUCUGGCGAGAGUCUAACGGUCCUCUGCUUCAACUCGGCUCACAUACAACACCAAACAUGAACAAAAUCGUUCUCGGAAUCUUUGCAGUUACGCUUUAUUUCGCAGUGGGUCAGGCGCUGCAGUGUUAUGAGUGUAAAGUGGGUCUCUGGGAUCUUUGCUUCACAACCAAACAGCCGUGUGGUAAUAAUGAGCACUGCUACAGCGGAGUAGGGAAAGCUGGUGGAUUCGUGGAUAUUAAGAAAAAAGGAUGUCUUGAAGUGGCCAAAUGCAACAACACUGAAAAGGUGCAUUUCCCGACCAACGGAAGCACCAUAUACCAUAUGACGAAGACGUGCUGCUCUACUGACCUGUGUAACUCAGCUCCGGGACACUUCCACGUGUCUGCCGUCAGCAUGGCCUUCGCUACCAUCAGCUCCGUGUUCAUGGUCAAAUUCCUCAUUUGAGGGGGAUUGUUUCAGCUCAAACACACACACACAAUAUACAGCAUCACUGAGCAAAUCAUGCAUGCUAAACAAGCCAAAUUAAUUUGUUGCAAAACAAUUUAUGGAAUGAUUACUGAAAAUAGGUCACACACUGGAAUAUGAAAAGUUUUCAGUAGAUUGCCAAGUAGUUCAACAUAAGUUCAACAUACCAUCAAUUUAACAUUUUUCUAAAUAGAAACAUAUAGCAGGAACUCAUUUAAUGUCAGCAAUGAAAGCCAUUCUGGCUAUAGAUAAGCACUUCACCCAACUAACAAUCAUUAAAACCAGCAAUACACAGCUAGGUUGUUUACAUACAAUUACACACACACACACACACACACACACACACACAAUGUCAGCAUGCAAUCAAACCGAUUGUUUUUACCUUUCUUUAGGGACGUUUGAAUGAUACCCUUAAUAAUAAUAAUGAUAAUAAUAAUAAUACCCUAAAUAAACCUUUUUUUAUAGUAGUUUGCUGUGUAUUUUUAUUAUUUUAUUUCUCUUGAUGUCUGCAUUUCACUUAUAAUACAUGGUCUCCUAAUAAGACCAGAGGGUUUGGCUGUCAAAUCAUAAUUGCAUGAAUGAUGCUUAUGAAAUCAUUUAGUUUAAAUGUUGGGGGUUUUGUCUAUUGUAUUGCACAUGCCUAUUCAUUUACACAGGACAUUCUUCAUUUUCAAACAUAAGGUUUAUAAAAGCCAUUUUUUGUACAAAUUUGUAAAGCUGUCAACAUGGUGUUUUAUAUUGUGUUAAUUUGUUUGGUAAAGAUGACAUUCUUCAUUGAAAUAAAUAUGUAAAGGGCUAGAAUGAAUGUUCUUCUGGAGGUCUGCCGUCAGUAGCGUCCACAGAAUGCUGUGGCCUGCUGUAACAAAGGGCCUGUUUUAGUUGCCAUCAUAAUGUGUGUAUAAAUUGCAAAUAUAAGAGCAAUAAAAUUGGAAUGAAAGUG